AUGGCCUUCUUCUUCGUCGUCGGCACCAAAGACUUCACAAGCCCCUUGAAAGGCUACGAGGGAGUCACUGCUCAGUGUCAAAACUGUGGAAACUGGUCGGCGCAUCCAAUUCAAUCGUGGGACUGGUUCACCUUCUGCUUUGUCCCUGUGAUCCCGCUCGGAGGGAAACAUCAAGAGCUCGCCUGCCCUAUCUGCAGAUUCCGUCAAGACAUGAGGAAUCGACCUGAUGUCGGCUCGAUGCAGGGUCAGGGACCUAUGAUGCCUCCACAAGGACCUCCGCAGGGAUGGGGCGGCCCUCCCCCAGGACAAGGACAGAAUUACAAGUGA